GUGAGUGUCUCACAUUUACGGGCUGCGGUCAUGAGCAAAGUAACAUUUCGAGUUAACGGAGCCAACCAUUCGGUUGGUUCUGAAGUCAGUUCAACAACCACUUUGCUGAAGUACCUCCGUGAUACGAUGAAUCUCCGCGGGACUAAGUAUAUGUGCCUGGAAGGUGGAUGUGGCGCCUGCAUCGUCAGCGCUGCGAAGUGCCCCGGAGACGCCCCCCAAGGAGUCAAUUCUUGCAUGGUCUCAAUAACAUCAUGUCAGGAUUGGAACAUAGAAACCAUCGAGGGAGUGGGCAACAGGUUGGACGGGUAUCAUCCCCUGCAGACCACCCUCGCGGAGACAAAUGGCUCGCAAUGUGGCUAUUGCUCUCCGGGGAUGAUUAUGAACAUGUACAGUCUUAUGAAAACAAAAAAGCAAACAAUGCUCGAAAUAGAGAAAUCGUUAGCUAGCAAUGUGUGUAGGUGUACAGGGUACAGACCUAUUAUCGAAGCCUUUAAAAAAUUUGCAUCAGAUGCUCCGGACUCGUUGGAUCUACCGGAUAUAGAAGAUUUGAAAAUAUGUGAGAAAUCAGGGGAAAUCUGUCCCGGGAGUAGUUGUGAUGAAUGGGAUUGGUGUAUGGUAUCCCGGAACGAAGUUAUAAGUGAACCGUUGCAUAUACGAUUAAGUGACGAAAGAGAUUGGUUCAGAGUUUAUACGCUCUCAGAUAUUUAUGUAAUUUGGCAAGCCAAGGGAUACCAAUCUUAUAUGCUUGUGGCUGGUAACACUGGCAAAGGUGUAUAUCCAAUAUUGGAGUAUCCGAAAGUACUAAUAGAUGUCAGUUAUGUAUCAGAAUUGAAAAGUUACGCCAUAGAUCAAAAUCUGGUGAUUGGCGCCGGAAAUACUCUUACAGAGCUCAUGAGUAUUUUUGCAACUGUAGGAAAUACCGAUAAUUUUGGUUAUCUGAAUGUGCUUAAUGAACAUUUGAGUUUGGUUGCACAUGUGGCAGUAAGAAAUCUCGGAACUGUAGCUGGUAAUUUGAUGCUGAAGCAUACAUAUCGUGAAUUUAAAUCGGAUGUUUUUCUUCUCCUUGAAACUGUGGGUGCCCUGUUAACAAUAAUGAUAGCCCCGGGAAGAAGGAAAAUCCUGACCAUGCAAGGUUUCCUUGCAGAGGAUAUGACGGGGAAAAUAGUAGUUAAUGUGCUCAUGCCACCGCUUACUAAUGACCACAAAAUAGUAACUUACAAGAUAAUGCCAAGAGCCCAAAACGCUCAUGCGUUAGUACAUGCAGGUUUUAUAUACAGACUCGAUCCAGCAAACAGAGUUAUAGGCUGUAGAAUUGUGUACGGGUGUCUUUCUCCAACAUUCAUCAGAGCGCUGAAAACUGAAAAAUAUUUGACUGGCAAAAGCCUCUUCAGGAAUGAAACGUUGCAAGGAGCUAUUAAUGUAUUGAAGAACGAGCUGGUGGUGGUGGAAAGCUUACCAGAUCCACCGGUCGAGUAUAGACGGAACGUUGCUUUAGGAUUGUUUUACAAGGGUCUUCUUUCAUUAAUACCACGAAAUAUGACGGUCAGACCUAAAUUCGCAUCUGGAGCUAUCAAGUUGUACGAGACCAGACCGCUGUCAGAUGGACGACAGAUAUUUGAGACUAAUCCUACGCUAUGGCCACUAAAUAAACCCAUACCUAAACUUGAAGCAUUAAUCCAAUGCGGUGGUGAAACUACAUACACAGAAGAUAUACCAACGCUUCCAAGAGAAGUAUUUGCAGCGUUCACUUUGACUACAGUUGCAUUAGGUACUAUUGAUAAAAUUGACGCCAGUAAAGCUUUGAAGGAACCUGGUGUAAUCGCGUUCUACACAGCAUCAGAUAUACCUGGUGUUAACAGCUUUACACCGGCAGUAAACCUGUUUAACUCAACGAAUGAGGAGUUGCUGUGCGACGGACAAGUUAAAUAUUUUAAUCAGCCCUACGGAAUAAUGGUCGCUGAAUCACAAAGUAUUGCGCAAAGAGCAGCCACCUUAGUUCAAGUAACUUACAUUAAAGUGAAAAAACCAGUCAUCGAUAUAAAAAAAGCUAAAAAGGACCCAGCAAAAGCUACUCUCUUCAACUCAAAAGUGGCGACGAGAACAGGAACUGAAGUGACGAAUGUCAUCAAAGGUGAAAAUACAAUUUAUUGGCAGUACCACUUUAGUAUGGAAACAUUGGUGUGCGUUUCACAUCCGACAGAAGAAGGAAUAAGAAUUAAUUCUGCAACUCAGUAUAUUGAUUCUGUACAAACGAUGGCGCAAAGAGUGCUUAAGUUAAAUCAAAACAGGCUUGACGUCCACGUGCGCCGACUUGGCGGCAGCUUUGGAUACAAAUUAUCACGCGCCACUCAAGUGUCAGUAGCUUGUAGUUUGGUCACAUACAAACUUAAUCGUCCUUGCCGCUUCAUACAAACCCUUACCAACAACAUGAGAGCAGUAGGGAAAAGGGAGCCUUCUUCCACUGACUUUGAGAUAAGAGUAAACAAAAAAGGAGUGAUUCAAUAUGUCAACUGUGAAUUAUACAUCGACAAUGGUUACAUUGCCAACGAACUUCUGGUUAUGCUAGGCUUUGACGCAUUUAAUAAUUGCUACAAUAUGGACACAUGGAAUUACAAAGCUUAUAAUGCAAUAACUGAUACUCCAUCUAACACUUGGUGCAGAUCUCCAGGUUCGUUAGAAAACAUAGCAAUGGCUGAAGUGAUACUCGAAAGAAUAUGUUACGAAUUAAACUUGGAUCCAUUUGACGUUCGUCUAGCUAACUUAGAUACAGUGAAUCACAGUGAUUUGCAAGAAAUGGCUGAAACAUUGAAAACAAACUCUCAGUACGCUGAGAGGAAAGCAGCAGUUGAAAAAUUCAAUUCAAUUAAUAGAUGGAAGAAGCGUGGUUUAAGACCUAGUUUCCUAAGAUGGACGCCUUUUGGUUAUCAAAUUUUUGAAGUUAACAUGUCUGUUUAUAGUGAUGAUGGUACAGUAGCAAUUACACACGCUGGAGCUGAAAUGGGUCAGGGUGUUAAUACCAAAGCUACUCAAAUAUGUGCGUAUUUUCUCAAAAUACCUUUGGAAAAAGUACAAAUUAAACCAAACGAUACUUUUACUGCUCCAAACGGCUUCCCAUCUGGUGGCAGUUUAACAUCGCAAAAUGUUAGCAUAGGGAUUCGAAGAUGUUGUGAAGAAUUGCUCAAAAGAUUGGAGCCAGUCAGAAGUCAGUUGAGUAAUCCUACAUGGGAAGAAUUGAUCAAAAAAGCAUAUGAAAUGGAGAUCGACUUACAAGUUCACAGUAUGGUUAGUUCGAAAGAUGUUCAGAACUUCCAAAUUUACGGAAUAGCUCUAGCUGAAGUUGAAAUUGAUGGUCUUACUGGAGAAUGGCAAUUCAUUAGAGCCGAUAUACUAGAAGACGCUGGACGAAGCGUCAACCCUGAAAUUGACGUUGGUCAAGUCGAAGGUGGUUUCAUCAUGGGAUGUGGUUAUUGGACUUAUGAAAAUUUAGUCUAUGACCCUAAUAAUGGCGAAUUGCUGACCAAUCGAACUUGGGAUUACUGGGUGCCUCAAGCUAGAGAUAUUCCUCAAGACUUCCGGGUUUACUUUAGGAAAGGAUCUUUUAGUACCGAACUUAUUCUUGGAGCGAAAGGAGUUGGCGAACCAGCAACUUGUAUGGGAAUCGUAGUCGCCUUUGCAUUGAGGGCAGCCAUUGCUGCAAUGAGACUUGAAUCUGGAAUACCUACGAAGCAGUGGUUCCCAUUGGACGGAGCCUUCACGGUGGAUAAAAUUGGUGUUUCUUGUGCAGUCAAACCAGAAGAUUUUAAAUUCUAUUAA